AUGCGGCUGCUCCCGGAAUGGCUUCUCUUGCUCUUUGGCCCAUGGCUCUUGAGGAAGGCCGUCAGUGCCCAGAUACCAGAGUCCGGGAGGCCGCAGUACCUGGAGCUGCGCCCGGCUACGGCCAGAGAGGGGGCCCCUGGCCAUCGGCUCCCGGCACCGCCAAGGUCCUCCGACGGCCUGGGCACCGCCCGUGCCUGGAGCUGGGCCUGGCCGGCUAACCACACCCGGGCACUGGCCCGGGCUGGGGCGGCGGGGGCCCCCGUGCAGCGCACCAAGAGAAAGCCGUCUAUCAAAGCGGCCCGCGCCAAAAAGAUCUUCGGCUGGGGAGACUUCUACUUCCGGGUGCACACUCUCAAGUUCUCGCUGCUGGUGACGGGUAAGAUAGUUGACCAUGUGAACGGUACCUUCAGCGUGUACUUCCGCCACAACUCGUCCAGCCUGGGCAACCUCAGCGUCAGCAUCGUGCCGCCCUCCAAGCGUGUCGAGUUUGGGGGCGUCUGGCUGCCGGGGCCCGCCCCCCACCCUCUGCAGUCUACGCUGGCCCUGGAGGGGGUGCUCCCUGGGCUGGGGCCCCCGCUGGGGCUAGCGGCCGCGGGGUCGGGGCUAGGGGGCACCCUCGGGGGCGCGCUGGCGGGUCCGCUUGGGGGCGCGCUGGGAGUGCCCGGGACCAAAGAGUCACGCACUUUCAACUGCCACGUGGAGUAUGAGAAGACGAACCGCGCUCGCAAGCACCGCCCGUGCCUGUACGACCCAUCGCAGGUGUGCUUCACCGAGCACACGCAGAGCCAGGCCGCCUGGCUCUGUGCCAAGCCCUUCAAAGUCAUCUGCAUUUUCGUCUCCUUCCUCAGCUUUGACUACAAACUGGUGCAGAAGGUGUGCCCAGACUAUAACUUCCAGAGCGAGCACCCCUACUUUGGAUAGCGCGCCCCGCCCUCGCCCGGGCCGUGAGCUUCCCGCGAAAUCCCGGACUCCCUAAGUGGGACCUCUCCCCGUACCCCGCAGCUCCUGUGGCCGCGUCCACCCUUUCCACUCUGGGGCGGAGAGGAACAGCCCUCCCGGGGAC